AUGGCCUUCUCCAUCACUGCCAUCACCAUCGGGGCGAUCGGGACCCUCAUCCUCUGGUCCCUGAUCACCCGCGCCCGCAACUGGUACCGCCUCCGCCACAUCCCCGGCCCUCCCGCCGCAGGAUGGACCAAAGCCUUCCUGGUCUACCACCAAUUCAGCGGCAAGCUCCUCCAGCACCUCCGCAACGUUGCCCAAAAACACGGUACGCCCUCCCCCCCUCCCCCAACUCACACCAAACCGCUCGAGCCCAACAAGAUCGAGAGUCAUCCGCCAUGGUUGGAUACGGGUCGAAGUUGCACUGGCAGGGGCAGAUGUGGGAAUUGGUCCAAGGGCUACUCGUUCACGUCCGAGACGGAGGGCGCCGAGCUGAUGGUCAACGUUCAGGAUGCCAGGGUGUUCGUACGGUGGCCGCGUCGGGAUAAGGACCAGGACGCGCUGGGCCAUCUGAGCGAUUCAACCUGGGACGAGUCCUCGCGUCUGAGGGUUGCGAGGGCAGGCUCGGAGCUUCACGGCAGCCCGUUAAGGCGGACGACGCGUCUCACGAGUCCGGAGUCACCCACACCGGCCGAUGACGACGCUCCGGUGGAGAUUUAUGAGGAUGCGAGCGCGGACGAGAAAUCCGCCCCGAGCUGCCCAAGGUCCAAGGCGGCGGCCUGCUGCAAGCUUCCAUUGACCAAUGUGACCGAGAGCUUCUUCAGCGACUUCCAGCGACCCGCAGUCUGA